ACUCCUCUGGGGUUUAACUUUACCAGGAUCACAAAUUCUGAAAACGUGGGAGAAAAACCUUGGAUUAUCAUGGGUAACUUGUCUGUUCUCACAUUCAUGUGGUUGCUGCUGUUGUCGAUGAGUUGGGAAGUGACCUCAACGUCAGAUUGUAAAAUCAAUGCCAAUGGAUGCAGUGUCCCGCUUGGCUUACCGGCUCCCUACAAAAAAACCUUCACUCCGGCUUGCAACAAACACGAUGUUUGCUAUUACUGCGGAGAGCUCUACGGAUGGGAUCAGAGACAAUGUGAUGAGGCCUUUAAAAGCGACAUGUACACACUGUGCGAAAAAAAUGGAAAACGCUGGUUCAGUCUCGGGGAUCUGCUGAACAAAAAGAAAAGAUGCAAGAAACUGGGUGCGGAUGCUUACUACACAGCUGUUAGAUCCUUUGGUCACCUGUAUUGGGAGAAAAAUCCGCCUUCCUGGUGUCAGGCAGCAUGCGCCAAAAAUCUCGGAGAUCCUAAUAGGCCGCUGAAUAUGUGAGAAUGUGCAGUUGAAUGAGAAAGAACAGAUGUGUUGAUGUAUGAUAGAGAAUAGCAAAGAAAAUUCAUUCAAAAUGUGGGAAAUAAAGAAUGAAAC